UCAUGCAGAACCUCUUCGAUCACUCGUACUACCGAAUUACCAAAUGGGGUUUGCAAUUCAUCGGGCAUUGGCCAUUCCAAUCGGCGAGGAGAAAGAGAUUUUUGAGAUGUUCGUCAUUUUUUAUUGUUAGUACCAUAUUCAUACCGAAGGUAAUCAAAUUCAUCGAGUCCUUGACCGAUUUGGAUAUCGGCGUUGAGUGCUUACCUCUUAUUGGAUGCCACCUAAUGGGCUUCAUCAAGUUCAUUAACUGGAUAAUAAUGGAGGACCGAAUGCGAAAUUUAUUACUUUCUAUCGAGAGAGAUUGGAAAGAUUUGAAAUUGGAAUGUGAUCUCAAAUUGCUGCAUACGUAUUCGGAGGGCGCACGACGUUUGAAUAUAUUUUAUGCAACAACUCUCUACGGAAUUGCGAUAAUCUAUUUUUGCUCACCUGCAGUUCCAAGAAUUUUGGAUUAUUUGAAACCGCUGAAUGAGAGUCGGCCACGAAUAUUUCUGUACCAAACAGAAUUCUUCAUUGAUCAAGAAAAGUAUUAUGCAUAUAUACUAAUUCAUUCUUAUGUGACGGUGUCUAUCUCUCUAGGUAUAAUCGUCGUUUUUGACAAUUUAUUUGCAACUCUGAUCAAGCAUGCGUGUGGAAUGUUUGAAAUUCUGAAGUUACAUUUAAAGACUUUAUAUGCGGAGGAUUAUACGCAAGGCCUAAGAACUCAUAACAUGAUAUCAAACAAUUUUCAAAUGACCGUAAAUCACAUAAAAAGAUGCUCUCGCCUGCAAACACAGACUCUCAAGUUUGUGGAAGAUCUCGAAUCGUCUUACAAUAUAGCUCUUCUGUUUAUUGUUGGAGUCAAUAUGGCAUCGAUCCUGGUCACUGGGGUAGUAGCGGUCAUUAAAGCAUCCCAUCCAAAUGAGAUGAUUAGGAUCACAUUCAUGUGCAUGGGAACAGUCUGUCAUCUAUUUUGGAUCAGUUGGUUGGGACACAUUCUCAUUGUACAGAGUGAAAGUGUCUUCAUCUCAGCGUAUCAAAAUGAAUGGUACUACAUGCCUCAUAAAUUGCAACUCAUGAUUAUCCCCAUUAUGAUGAGGAGUUUGAAGCCUUGUCAAUUGACAGCGGGGAAAUUCUAUGUUAUGUCAAUGGGAAGCUUUGGAGCGGCUAUGAGAACAGUUAUGACUUUCUUUACGGUUUUGAAUUCAAUGCGAUAA